AUGACGAGUCUAUCAGCGAGCGAGACAGAGUUCUUAGCCGAGCAUCAGCUCAUUGCCAUCAUGCCUCACUUUAAUUUGCGUGACAACAGCGGCAUGCUCAACUUUAUCAGUGGUGAUUUUGGACCAUUUCAGCCAGGUAUUACCACACACGUGCCAUUGUGGCUUGCCAUUAUGCUGAAACAGCUUAACAAGUGCCGGAUUCUUGCACCGUCAUGGUUGUCCGUCGACUACCUGACGUCGCGACUGCAGCGAGAAAAGACGAGUGAGGUGUUUGAGGAGCUGCCUUUUCAUUACUUGGAGAUCGCGUCGCUGCUACUGAAAAAUGCACCAGAAGAUUUGGAUCGAAGUGAACACCUUCGGUUGUUGCUCGAAGACUUGCAGAAUGUGCGACAGGACAAGAUUCGCAAUGGUCUGGCCAAGAUUGCUGGUGAUGUCCAAGCCGGAGAAACAGCUUUUGUUAUUCAGAUGAAUAAUAUCUCGGCAAUGGAGAUCAACUCUAUCCGCGAAUUUAUGCUCGGGUCCCUCGAUCAGUUUUACCGACUUUCGCAACUCACAGCAGAAGCGGGUGCCGGCGAAGGAGAUUCCCAGUCGCAGUCGCAGUCUCAGUCACAGAGCCAGGGCUAUGCAGAGCCUGCGUCGGCAGAAGGUCCUGCCGCACGUCGGCUUCGUCGGCAUCGAGGACAGUAG